AUGGCACAGAAAUAUCAGGAGACCAUCGACACCGACUUGCAGAAAGGUUUCAUAGUCAAAGUUGAUGAUUCCCAUGAAGACUCAACAGGAAAAUGGCAACUUCCUCAUCAUCCAGUGACAAACAUCAAUAAACCUGGCAAGGUACGCCGAGUCCUUAAUGCAUCGAGCAUCUACAAAGGAGUAUCACUCAACAGCAACCUACUAACUGGACCAGACCUCCUCACAAACCUUACUGGAAUCGUUAUGCGAUUUCGCGAGGACCAAAUCGCUAUUUCUGCCGACAUAGAAGCAAUGUUCAUGCAGGUCUUCGUGAGCCCAGAGGACCAGCCGUAUUUGCGAUUUCUGUGGAAGGACAACACGGGCCAACCCGCAACCUUCCAAUACACCCGCCACAUCUUCGGAGCUACCGACUCACCAUGUGUUGCCUGCUACGCAACUCGACAAUGUGCGAAGGACAAUGCCGACAAGUAUCCAGCCUUGGAGCAAAUCACAAAACGCAACAUAUACAUAGACGACCUAUACAAAGCCGUUUCAACACCGACGGAAGCGACCCAGUUAAUGAACGACCUUCAAAAGAUGUUCAGCCUUGGAGGUUUUAACCUCACAAAAUGGACCUCAAACUCUCAACAAUUCCUCACAACAGUUAACGAGAACCACUUGGAAAACAGCGACAGCCUCACCAAGAAGGAACGACCCCUCGAAAGAGUUCUUGGAGUGAAAUGGAAACCAGACACGGACGUCUUUCUUGUGGAAGCAAAGAAGUUUCACGCCAUUGACAAGAAGGACUUAACGCAGCGCAAACUAUUGAAGUUUGGUUCUCCAAUCUUUGACCCGCUUGGAAUUACGAUUCCACUGACAAUUCGACUACGACAAUCACUUCAACUUGCCUGGAGUAAUGGACCUCAAUGGGACAAACCUCUAAACAUGGAGCACUUAACAGACCUCAACGAUUGGAUAGACAGCGAAGCCAAUUCAACGACAUCUGCCUGCCCCGGACUUACUUCAAACCAGAAACGAAGAUACUGGAAACCCAACUCCAUGUAUUCAGCGACGCCUCCGAACUUGCCUUAG